UAAUUUUUAUUUUCACAUCAGUUUCUAAUAAUUUCAAUGAACGUUCUGACGAAUUGACAGUGCUAUUUCUUAGAUAUAACGCGUAUUUUCAUUUACACUUCGUUAACCAAAGUAACAUGUUUUAAAUUUAAGUGAAAUUAAUAAAUAGAAAAAAGUUCAAAGUCCAGCAAAUGAUUUAAUAAUAAAAACAACGAGUCAUUGUCAAGAUACUAGACGAGACAGUGUGCAAAACAAAUUGUUUUUAUUGGAAAACAGUUGAAGUGUAAUCCAUUGAAUAUUAUUGAGUGAUAUCUUAGCUAUAAAAAAUUAAUUUAGUUCGAGUUAUUAAACUACAAAUACUCUCGAAACAGUAUGUCUAGCCACAAUAGAACACAUCUCUUACGCUUGGUUAAGAAUCUUAAUCAUCAAAUAAGAAACAGUUCGUUUUCUGCCACAAAAGCUGAGAAUAAAAUUAAACAAUUUCAAACAAAACAUUUUGAAGAAAUUCAAAUACCCGUACCCUGGGGACAUAUAGCGGGAAAAUGGUAUGGUCCCAAACAUGAACGUCCUCUUGUGGGUCUUCAUGGUUGGCAAGAUAAUGCUGGCACCUUUGAUACUUUGGCUCCUUUCUUGCCUUCAAAUAUGUCAUUUCUAGCUUUAGAUAUGCCGGGUCAUGGCCUCUCCUCUUGGCUACCCAUGGGCAUGCAUUAUCAUUCGUUGGAUUAUGUCACUUUGAUAAGACGCAUAAUGGAAGAAUUUAAAUGGGAUAAGAUCUCAUUAAUGGGUCAUUCGAUGAGUUCUAUUAAUUCAUUUGUUUUCACCGCCUUACUACCCGAUAAAGUGGACAUGUUAAUUGGUUUGGAUGUGUUAAAGCCUAUAACUCGUUCAGCCAACAAAAUUAUCGACAAUUAUGCCGAACGUAUUGAGGCUAGUUUGAAGGUGGAGCGCAGAAUACGCGAUAAAACUGAGCCUCCUUGUUAUGAAUGGGAUCAACUGGUGGAGCGUUUGCAUAUGGGUAGUGAAAAAUCAGUGGAUUUGGAGACCUGUAAAUAUUUGUUGCAACGUAAUACAAAACCUUCACAACAUGAACCUCACAAAUACUAUUUCUCGCGUGACAGCCGCCUGAAAACCUCCCUAUUUUAUGCAUUUUCCCAAGAUGUUCCCGUGCAAAUGGCCAAACGUAUCAAAUGUCCACAUUUGUUUAUUAAGGCUCUACAGGGACCCUACUACGAGAAAAAGGAAUAUUAUGAUGAGGUUUUAAGCAUUUUAAAACAAAAUCCUAAAUUCGAGUACCAUGAAGUAGAUGGUACACACCACGUUCACCUCAACGAACCAGAGAAAGUAGCGAAAAUUAUUAAUUCAUUUUUACACAAAUAUAAGUUGUAAGCAAUAACAUGAGACUGGACAACAAGGAUAUUAUUGUACUUGUUUUAAUGUUAAUAGUAUAAGUUUUAGUUUUUUUUCGUUUUUUUAGUUUUUAUUAACAAUAAUAAAAAUGUUAUUUAAUUUAUACAUUGAC